AUGGACUACACUUCUAUUCCUGUAUACUUCUACUAUUGCCAUGCGGGUCGAUUCCAAUUCUUUCCACGGAACAAACGGCUCAAUGUUCAUCAGAAAUCAUGUCUUGAUGAGCAUGCUCGGAAAAUGGCAGAUUUCAUGAUGUUUUGCCAAGAUGUGUUCCGCCAACAAAUGGCAAUGGAGGAACACUAUUCCGAAGCCUACUGUAACUACGCUUCUGAUGGAUACCAAGACUCUGGAGUUUCCAGCAAUUCUUCUGGCCCAUCUUCCGGUUCUUCAAGCCCAAUUCAGCUGGUUGCCAAUUCGUUAUAUGACCCGGAAUACGUGUCUUCAUCUGCUGGAUACUCAAGCUUUCUUCUCCUGCUCCAGCCAAGCUCGUCUUAA